AACCAUUUCUCAACAUAUUGGUGAUGAAGAAUAUCUUUCAAGUAAUGAUAAUUAUUUAGAUGAUAUGAUAGCAAACGAUCUUUCUGCAUCUGAUAAUAUAAUAGAUAAUGAGAUAUUGCCUAUAGAAUUUAUUAUUGAGGAUAAUCAGUCAUUAAAUAUAUUAGAAUCAAAAAAAUUUCAAUUAUUUAUAGCUUCUUUAGACCCAAAUUAUAAAUUACUAACCAAUAAAUUUGUUAAACAAAUGAUAUAUAAAGCUUAUAAUAAUUCUUUAGAUAUACUUAUUCAAAAACUUAAUUUAGCUAUUUCAUGUUCUUUAACUUGUGAUUUAUGGACUUCUUAUAAUAGAGAUGGAUAUUUAGAUAUAACAUGUCACUGGAUAGAUAAUAAAUUUAAACUUAAUGAAAUUGUUCUUGGAAUUUACAAAU